GGAAAAGCCAAUUCCUGCCUCUAUCUAGUCCCUGCGCUGCUGGGGGAAUGUGCUGCCCUGGGGACAGUGUCAGGGAGAUCCCCCAAAGCGACUCCUUGGAUUCUGCUCUUUCAUGACCGCUGGAGCGCACAGUGGCAUUGCUGAGUGCACAAUUUUAGUCUAAAGGGCCCUUUUCAGAUGCUUAUAACAUGUUCAGUGUUACUAAAUGAACCUGGCUUCUACCUAGUCUGGCAGUUCCUAUCUUGAUCUUCACAGUGGACAGUCUCGCUCUCGGGUGAAUUUAUUUCUGAAAGUUGAAUGACUAACCAGCUUCUGAGCUGUCUCACUUCACUUGGCCCACAAUUUACCAAGCCUCAUUAUUGUCAAGCCUAAAUUUAGGCCCCCAGACCUCUGUUCUAGUUACAUUUUAGCGUCUUUCUCUUGAAUGUAAACACACAUCACUUUCAGAAGCUACAGUUUGAGGGCUUAGCCAUUUAAAUUCCAGGCUAUGUGUUGAGAGAACUGAAUAGGGAUUUGCAAUCUAACUUUAUAGUUUUUCUAAAUCUCUUGGCUCAAGUAUUUCCCCAGAAUGGCAGAGUCCAGAAUGUCUGUCAGCAGGGAAAGAACUGGGGGGAACUGAAACCUCCCCCAGCACCCGCCUCAUGCUGACAGGCUGCAGAAUAACACCCAUGUUUUGCUCCAGGUUGUCCCAUGUCCUCCAGAGACAGGGAAGGGAAAUGACUGCAGUGAAGCUGGUGACCUUUGAGGAAGUGGCUGUGUAUUUCUCCAAGGAGGAAUGGGCUCUGCUGGACCCGGGUCAGAGAGCCCUCUACAGGGACGUCAUGCGGGAAAAUUAUGAGACUGUGACGUUGCUGGCAGAAUUUCUGAUUUUCAAACCUGACAUCAUCUUGUGGCUGGAUCAAGGAGAGGAGACGUGGCUGCCUGAUCUCCAUGGAUACAAGGAAAGAGAGAUCCCGAGAAACACCCACACAGCCCCUGCCUUCAUCUAUAUUCAGAGGACGUGGAGGAAGGAUGGGUCCCCUCCUCUCUCUUCUUGGGAAAGGUUUGGAGGGACAGUAGGGACUGACUCCUGUCUGGGUUCUCUCUCUGUCCCAGCAGGUAUGGGGAUGGUGAGUGUGACUGAGGAGGAGAAUCUUGGCCAGGAAGGUCCUGAGCCAGUGGAACCACAGGGGAGAGUAUCGGGAAAAGCUAAAGGGGAUGUUUCCCAGAGUCCUGAGGAGGGAGAAGACCAUGAGGGUCAGAGCAAGCAAGAGACAGAGCAAGGAAAUCACUCAGAGGAGAGACAGGGUAAAUCCAGAGGAAUUAGGAAAAUCAAAGAAACUGUUCAACAGAGAAUCCCCACUGGAGAGAGACCCUACACGUGUGGUGACUGUAGGAAAAACUUCCAAUACAGAUCAGCCCUUAUUAGACAUCAGAGAAUCCACACAGGAGAGAGACCCUACAAGUGUCUUGACUGUGGGAAAAGCUUCAGACAGAGUUCAGCCCUUAGUAAACACCAUACACUCCACACAGGAGAGAGACCCUAUGAGUGUCUAGAGUGUGGGAAAAACUUCCGUCAGAGGUUCCACCUUCAUAAACAUCAGAGAAUCCACACGGGAGAGCGACCCUAUGAAUGCCUCAUGUGUGGAAAAAGCUUCAGUGAGAAUUCACAGCUUCUAUCUCAUCAGAGAACCCACACAGGAGAGAGACCCUAUAACUGCCCCGAUUGCGGGAAAAGUUUCCGUCAUAGGUCAGUCCUCAUUGAACAUCAGAGAAUCCACACAGGAGAUAAACCCUACAAAUGCAAUGAGUGCGGGAAACGCUUCAGUCGGUACUCUCACCUCCUAUCACAUCAGAGAACCCACACAGGAGAGAAACCCUAUAAGUGCCCUGACUGUGGGAAAAGCUUCAGUGAAAGCUCAACCCUUAUUCAACAUCAGAGAAUCCACACGGGAGAGAAACCGUACAAAUGCAAAGAGUGUGAGAAAAGCUUCAGUCACAUCUCACACUUCCUAACUCAUCAGAGAAUUCACACAGGAGAGAAACCCUAUAACUGCCCUGACUGUGGGAAAAGCUUCAGUCACAACUCAACUCUUACUCAACAUCAGAGUGUUCACACGGGAGAGAAACCCUACAAGUGCAAUGAGUGUGGGAAAAGCUUCAGUCGGAUCUCACGCCUCCUAGCACAUCAGAGAAUCCACACAGGAGAGAAACCCUAUAACUGCUCUGACUGCGGGAAAAGCUUCCGUCAGAGGUCAGUCCUUGUUACUCACCAGAGAGUCCACACAGGGGAGAAACCCUUUCAAUGCCCAGAAUGUGGGAAAAGCUUCACUGUGAACUCAACCCUCACUAAACAUAGGAGAAUCCACAGUGGAGAAAGACCUUAUGAGUGUAUUGACUGUAGGAAAAGCUUCAGUCAGAAUUCACAGCUUCUAUCACAUCAGAGAACCCACACAGGAGAGCGACCCUAUAACUGCCCUGAUUGCGGGAAAAGCUUCCGUCAUAGCUCAGUCCUUAUUGAACAUAAGAGAAUCCACAUGGGAGAGAAACUCUUCAAAUUUGCUGAGUGUGGGAAAAGCUUCAGAAUCCACACUGGAGAGAAACCCUAUAACUGCCCUAACUGCAGGAAAAGCUUCUGUCAGAGGUCAGUCCUUGUUGCUCACCAGAGAGUCCACACAGGGGAGAAACCAUUUUAAUGCCCAGAAUAUGGGAAAAACUUCACUGUAAGCUCAGUCCUUACUAAACAUAAGAGAAUCCAUAGUGGAGAAAGAACCUAUGAGUGUAUUGACUGUGGGAAAGGCUUCAGUCAUAUCUCACAC